CAGACACAGCCUGGAAGCGAGAGCGCCCCAAGAGCGAUGCAGCGUCCCCUGGCGGCGAGGCGGAACUGCAGCUCCGGCUGCGCAGCCAGAUGCACGAAGUCUACUCGCACCGCGAGUCUAGCAGCUGCGAGCAUGAACGCCGGCGCCCGGGGUCCCGCGUGGACGCGGACACUGCCGUGUACCCACUGGAGGCCGUUGGACCCUGGGCCUCGGAAGGUGACUGUCCCCGUGCCAAUAGCCCCCCGAGUCCGACUAGUAUAGAAGCACUGAGCAAGGCUUGUGAUGACCCCCGCGCUGGUGGCCAGCUGACCUUUGACCCUGGGCCGCCCCCCACCCCUCCGAGGCCCAUCACGCCCAAGCCCCAGAGUCCCCAGAGCCCGGGGGCAGCAAGUGCCAAGUGUCCCAGCAGCCUCAGUGCACUGUCCCUGACCUCAGUGGAGAGUGACGGAAGGGCAGAAGACCCUGUCCAAAGGGAGCCAGGGCCUGGGUGCCUCCAGGAUUCCUCCCAGAACACGCAUGGGGAGGACAGCAGUGAGGACAGUGGCGGGGUCAGCCACCCUCAGCUGACCCCCAGCGGAGCGGCCAGUCCAGAGGAAAAGAAGGGAGAGGUUGUGACUGGUGAACCCUGGAGGCCAGGCUCAUCCCAGGAAGAGGAGAGGAUCGAGGCAGCCAGAAUCUCCAGGAGGAAAUGGGGCUCUGGGAGGAAGAUUGGACCUCGACCACUGUCGGACUAUGGCCAGCUGACCAGCCGGAGCUUGUCCAUUCCUGAAGACUCUGUUGCUGUGCACCCACAGAGUGAGGACUAUGUGGAUGGGCUGCCCGCAGUGAGCGUGGCCUCCACUAGUUCUGCAGACCAGACCUCAGCCAGCUGCCCUCGAGGAGGCCGGAGAAGACGCCCCAUUUCUGUGAUUGGAGGAGUCAGCUUAUAUGGCAGCACCCAGCCAGAGGAGAUGGAGAGCCUUCUAACCCAACCUGCAGCCAGGCCUCCUGUGCCCUCCCACCAGGUGCCACCCUACAGGGCCGUGUCGGCCCGGCUGCGGCCCUUCACCUUUUCCCAGAGCACCCCCAUUGGGCUGGACCGCGUGGGCCGGCGGCGGCAGAUGCGAGCGUCCAACGUUUCUUCAGAUGGAGGCACCGAGUCCUCUGGCUUAGUGGAUGACAAUGGCAGUGAGGAGGACUUCAGCUAUGAAGAACUCUGUCAGGCCAACCCUCGAUAUCUACAGCCAGGAGGGGAGCAGCUGGCCAUCAAUGAGCUGAUCAGCGAUGGCAGCGUGGUCUGCGCAGAGGCCCUGUGGGACCAUGUGACCAUGGACGACCAGGAGCUGGGCUUCAAGGCUGGUGAUGUCAUCCAAGUCCUGGAAGCCUCAAACAAGGACUGGUGGUGGGGCCGGAAUGAGGACAAGGAAGCCUGGUUCCCCGCAAGCUUCGUCAGGCUUCGUGUCAACCAGGAAGAGCUGUCGGAGAAUUCCAGCAGCUCCCACGGCGAGGCGCGGGAGGAUGGUGCCGGCCCCAGCCACCACAAGCUCUCUGAGAACAAGCACCAGAUGCGGACCAACGUUAUCCAGGAAAUCAUGAACACCGAGCGGGUGUACAUCAAGCACCUCAAGGACAUCUGUGAGGGCUAUAUUCGACAGUGUCGCAAGCACACAGGAAUGUUCACUGUUGCACAGUUAGCUACUAUUUUUGGAAACAUUGAAGAUAUUUACAAAUUCCAAAGACAGUUCCUGAAAGACCUUGAGAAAAAGUACAACAAAGAGGAACCUCACUUAAGUGAAAUAGGAUCCUGUUUUCUGCGACAUCAAGAAGGCUUUGCCAUCUAUUCCGAGUACUGCAACAACCACCCUGGUGCCUGCUUGGAGCUCUCCAACCUCAUGAAGCAGGGCAAGUACAGGCACUUCUUUGAGGCCUGCCGCCUGCUGCAACAGAUGAUCGACAUUGCUCUUGACGGCUUCCUCCUCACACCCGUGCAAAAGAUCUGCAAGUAUCCCCUGCAGCUGGCCGAGCUGCUCAAGUACACCACGCAGGAGCAUAGUGAUUACAACAAUAUCAAGGCAGCCUAUGAGGCCAUGAAGAAUGUAGCCUGUCUGAUCAAUGAGCGCAAACGCAAGCUGGAGAGCAUCAACAAGAUUGCUCAGUGGCAGGUGUCCAUCAUCGGCUGGGAGGGCCUCAAUAUUCUAGACCGGAGCUCAGAGCUGAUCCAUUCUGGGGAGCUGACCUGGAUCACCAAGCAAGGCAAGAGCCAGCAGAGGACGUUUUUCCUGUUUGACCACCAGCUGGUCUCCUGCAAGAAGGACCUGCUACGCCGGGACAUGCUGUACUACAAAGGCCGCAUGGACAUGGACCAGGUGGUGAUUGUGGACGUGGAGGAUGGGAGGGACAAGGACUGGAACCUCAACGUGAGAAAUGCCUUCAAACUCAUCAGCAGGACUACAGAUGAGGUACACCUGUUUUGUGCCAGGAAACAGGAAGACAAGGCCAGGUGGCUGCAGGCCUGUGCAGAUGAGAGGCGGCAGGUGCAGGAGGACCGGGAGAUGGGAAUGGAAAUCUCAGAAAACCAGAAGAAGCUUGCCAUGUUAAAUGCUCAGAAGGCAGGGCAGGGAAAGUCAAAAGCUGAUCCCUUACUUCCAGUUCCCACCUACCUCCGUGGACUUCCUAACAGAGAAUCAAACACACAGACAUGUUUUUAUUAAGCUCAGUUGAAGACCUGGAUUGCUCCAGGCCAGUUUAUCAAAGUUCCUUCUUAAUUUAAGUCACAUUUUCCACUUGAAGCAACAAAAGAACCUUCUACCUGGAUUAUGUGUGAAUUUCAUUGGGAAUUGCUACCCUGUCCUCUUGUGGGCCAAACAAAAAGAUGAUGCAACAUUUUGAUGAAUUUUAUUUGUUCUUUAAUUUUUCAGAUUUUGCCAACUCUGUUGAGAUAGUUGGAAUGGCCUUGGGUCAAAAGCCGCCAUCUCAAUUUUGAUCAUAAUCUAAAAUGUAUAUCAACUAUGUAGUAGGCUUUAUGCAAUCAUAACAAUAAUUGAAAAAUGCUAGCAAAGUAACAUUCUUUGUUCCUGACCACUAGAAAGAGGGUGGCAAACAAUUUGCCAGAGCUUUCAUGGGAUACUGUUGACAUAAUUUGUUUUCAUUAGGUCUGAUUUUUGUUUCUGCUGGUAGAUUGGACUCUGUAUUUGAAAAGAUGCCACCACCAUCUAAAGCCAUUUGUAAAUAUUGUGCUUUUUUAUACUCAGUCCAGUGGAAGGUUAUAUGUCACACUGUAAUUUGGUGUUGUCUUUACAUAAAGCAAAUGUACACUUAAUUCAGAAUUCAAUUCAUAAUAGAAAUCUUCUGUAAAAAGGUGCCAAGUGAUCCAGCAACUUGCCAGGUAGAAAUCUCUGCAGGCUUGAAUUACUGACAUUCCUCAGUACAAGUCAGCUGUGUUUCCUCAACAGAAUAAAGCAUCCUGAUUACCCAGAGCUGUGGGAGAGGAGACAGAUGUCCCUCGGGACAGUGUCAACUUCAAGUAUGCACAAAUGUCUCCUUGAUGGUUUGCGUGCUAGCUGUGACUUCUGGGUUAAGUAUCUAGCAAACAGUUUUCCAUAUACUAUACUUUAAUAGCUCUCUGUUAAAACCUACUUGGCCAAUGCUGUUUGUUUUCAGAAUGUAAUGGACUUGAAGUUCAAAGACUGGAAAAAAAUAAGUGGAAACUUUCUUCUAGCUGGCCUUGGAGGGGGAAAAAAACCCAGAAGUUUAUGUAUUUUAUGUCAACUUAUUUAGCUCCAACAUACUUUUCACUGCUGCUUUUAGUCAGCUCGUAGGCAUUAACAUUUGUAGUUAGAAAAUAUUUUGAAUGAUUCUGUAAUUUAAUAAUCGUUCUUUUCUGGGGGGUACAUAUUAGCAUCCAGUGUGGUUUCUUAAUCUACCUUGCAAGGCUUUUAGUAACCUUUCAACUUGUCCACAUAAAGUUGAUGUCAUCUGCGUAAAUCAGGUGAUACUUCUGAACUUGGCUUUAUCAGCUGAAGUAUGGUCCAUAAGAUUGUUGUAACUUCAUAUGUAUUUUUAUUGAAUGCUUUUUUUGUAAAAAAAAAUUAUUUACAAUGUUAUUUGAAUGAUUUCUUGUAAAUGCUGUGAAUCUGUGUUUGUUUUGUA